AUGGGAAUUGAAACUGCUAAGGAGUUAAACAUUUUAAAAAUUGCAGAAAGUGUUAAGUUUGUGAAUAAUAAAGAACACUAUAUGAAUUCAGUGGAUAAUAAGUCAGUUGAAGCUGAACAGCGCUCUAACCUGUGUAAAAACAUUGAUGAUAAAAUCAAACUUCCAAUGAAUCAAAAUGAUAAUAGUUUUGAGCAUAUUGAUUCAAAUUGUAAAGUCACUUUAAAAUUUAAAAAUAAUUUGACAAAGUUAAUUGCAAAAUACGAAGACAUAUUCGAAGGACAUGUUGCGCAAAAUUUGCGUCGUUAUCCUUAUCACCUUCGAAAAGACAUUCGAGCAGAGUUAAAGCGACUUCAAGAAGCAGACAUUAUUGAAAAAGUUGUAGGACCACAAGAAUUGAUAAGUAAUUUUGUAAUCGUACCAAAAGCAAAUAAGACAGUAAAGUUAUGUCUUGAUGCUAGAACCAUAAACAAAGCAAUUAAACGUGAAAGAUACCCAAUAUCUACAUUAGAUUCGGUAAUAGAUGAAAUGCAUGGUUCAAAAAUAUUUGCCAAACUAGACAUGAAGGAAGCCUAUACUCAGCUAGAGUUGAAUAUCGAAUCAUGA